UCCCAUUGGCUGUCAGAAUAUGACCUUCCCACCAACCCAUUGGCGCGGUUUUCCAGUCUGUUGUUUGAGAAGUUGGCGGGAGAUGUGCACUAGAAUUUAGUUAGCCAAGAAUUACUAGUCUGUUAUGAGCUAUGGUAGCUAGAUAAAUAUCUUAAGAACUGAACGCAGAUUUUAUUUCAAAACGAAUGCAUGAUGGACUGUUUCAACAUCUAUGUGGUUUUUGGAGUAAAUGACCCACCUCAACGGCUGAUACGAACGAAGGGGCGUGAAUGUUAUUCCAUCGCAGUGCCAUCUGCUGUCCAGCAGAUGGUAGUGUUCUCAAAUGGGAGAUGGGGAAAACGAACUGUCUUCAAGGUGGAAUUGACCGAUCCAGACAAGGGUCCCAUCACGUUGGGAAAUUUAACACCAGAGAGCAAGUGUAUUUUGUGGGAAUGCUGGGAAGGAAAUGCAGGGGACAGUGGUUUGACAUUAACAGCAUCACUGGAGGGAGCGAGUCCGGUCAAAGAAGAGUUUGCUGAUCCCCACUUUAUACUCUCUAAAAAAGAAAGUACUCCAAAGUCCAGUGGUGUGCCUGCCUCAGUUCGGGAGGCUCCAGGAAAGCGGAAGAGAGGACAGGAGGAGGACCAGGGGGUGGGCACCAGAGGGCAGGAAAAUGUGUGCCCGAAUAGUUCCCCAUCUGAAAAGUCAACCCCUCGUAGAACGGUCAGAGGCAGUGUUCGAAGCAACCACAAGGAGCUCUUCACCCACAACACUGAACAGACUGACCCCUGUGAGCCUCAAGGUCACAAGGUCAAAGGCAAACAAGCCAGAGUUUCCACACAGACAGUUUCCCUGGCCAACCCUUCAGGGCGCUGGGGUCAAACUCUCUGCCCUAUUGACCCCCAGACUGCCAUUCUGAUUGGAGGGCAAGGUUCAAGGAUGCAGUUCUGUAAGGACCCCAUGUGGAAACUAUGUACUGAGGACAUGUCAUGGGUGCCAGCAGAAACCCUGGCUGAAGGUCCCACCCCGGAGGGUAGGAUAGGCCACACGGCGACCUUUGACCCUGAAUCCAGACGGAUCUUCGUCUUCGGCGGCUCCAAGAACAAGAAGUGGUUCAAUGACGUCCACAUCCUGGAUACACGGAGCUGGCGCUGGACCAUGGUGGAGGCCCAGGGUAAAGUUCCACCGCUGGCCUACCACAGUUGCAGCCUGUUCCGCGGGGAGCUGUUUGUCCUUGGGGGGGUGUUCCCACGGCCUCACCCGAAGCCAGAUGGCUGCAGCGACUCCCUAUACAUUUUCAACCCUGAGAUGGCCAUCUGGUACCAACCCAUCGUCAAUGGAGACCGCCCUGCCCCUCGAUCCGGGCACUCAGCAUGUGUACUUCAGGGGAAGAUCUUCCUGUUUGGGGGCUGGGACACACCUGUGUGCUUCAAUGACAUGCAUAUGCUUGACCUGGGGCUAAUGGAGUUUUCACCUGUGAAGACAAAUGGAACUCCGCCUUCCCCACGAAGCUGGCAUGGCUGUGCUGUACUCUCAGACUCCAAAUUCCUUGUCCAUGGAGGCUACAAUGGGAACGAUGCCUUGGCAGAUACCUUCAUCUUUGAUACAGCCUCCAGCAGCUGGACCACUGUAGUUAACCCAAGUUUGUCUGCUGUACCACGAGCUGGACACUCCAUCAUCACUAUGGCCAAUACUUACACCGAGGAAUCCAUGGAAGAUGAGGAGCAGAAAAUGGGCUUGGAACCUUGUCCACAGACCCUGCUCAUUUUUGGGGGUGGUGAUAAUGAAGGUAGCUUCUUCUCAGAUCUGACAACCCUAUUGAUUGAUGAGGUACUAAAUUAAAUAUGUAUAUAGAUGGGAAUGGCAAAACCUUUUAUUUUUGCAACUUUGUCACAGAUUUUACCAAUAAAUUACCAUUAUUUUUGCAUUCUUCAAUUUUUUAAUUUUUUUUUUAAGAUCGAUGACUAGUAUUGGGCUUUAUGUAUAUGGACUAUAAAAUACAGUUUGGGCAAAGAUUAAUUCUGAACUGAAUUGUUAUAACAUUGUUUGCUAUAGAGCAGAGAAGUCUUGAUUGAAGACUAUGAUUAGUUAAUUAGUCUUAGGACUCAAGAUAAUUGGAUAUUCAUCCCAACCUCAAAUCCAUAUCCUUCUGUUCAAAGUAAGGCCACUGAAACUCCUUUAUGCCUUGACAGUCCACUUGUGUUCAAAUCAAGAAAAUUAUUAGGCUUUGUACAUUUCACAUUAAUAUCCUGGUCUCUCACACUGACUUGAUUCACAUAUAUGCAUAAAUUGAUGUAAUGUCCUUUGUGUUUAUAGAACUGGAAGAGGAGGUGAUGUUGCAUUUUAUGAAAAAUCUCCUUUUUCUGUUACAAGGCUGAAAGCUAUAUCAGAUGCUAAAUAUUUGGAAUGAAUUACCCUUUAAGCUGGGCCUUGGGCAAAAUAACUGAUAAUUGUGGAUAUCAGUAGGCCUCCCUUAGCCAUGGAUGAUUCAUUAGAUAAACUGGCAGAGCUACUUACUGCUUAUAUAAAUGCUGAAGUGGUGAUUUUAGGUGACUUCAAUGUGGAAUAGUUUAUAUAGGUGCCCAGAAACCUGAAAAAUAUGUUUCGUAAUCAUAAUCUAACUCAAUAAAAUCACAGAAGUUUCUUCCAGGCAAGGAACAAAGCCUGGGUCGGGCUAGAGGCUCAGGAGAUCGGUCUUACUGGCUUGCUUUUCAAAAACUCAAGAAAUAAUGCAGCUCUGCUGGGAGGAAAUCUGAAUCUGAAUUUUAUCUAAACUUGAUUACAGACUCAUUGGCCAACACAUCUAAAUGAUGGAAAUGUGUAAACCCCUUUAAAAACAAAAAUUCCCUACCAGCACAGUGCAUGUAAAUUCAGAAGAUUGCUUGAUAAUGGCUCAAAAUGAUAUAGCCUCAACCUUUAAUAAACAUUUUGUUGCAGCUGGCCACCUAUUUGAAAGUAAAUCAACAGGUUCUACAGAAUUUCAUGGGCUUUCCAAUCAGUGCUUUACAUCCUCACCUUGUAAUACAUACACUCCCAAUUUUGCCUUCUGCCCCUUUUCACCUUCUGAAGUCCCUGAUGUGCUCUUGUCUACAUAUAUGUAGGGAUCCAUACUAGUCAAAAAGAAGGUGAGAAAGAAACUUGGUUAUUUAUGCAGAAACCGUCUGUCUUCCAAAGUACUCCAAAAAGAUGGUUUUAGAAGCAUUGUUCCUCUCGGUUCUUGACUAUGGAGAUGUAAUUUACAGGCAUACUGCCUCCUCUGUACAGAAACCCCUUAAUGCUGUUUACCAUUCAUCUCUCGGGUUUAUAACUGGUGAUAAAUAUACUUUUUGUGUUUUAUAUAGUAAUGUGGGAUGGCCUUCUCUCAAUGUAAGAGACCGGCAUUGGCAUUUGUUUAUUUUCAGUCCAUUUUCCAUAAACUGCCUUCACACUGUUGCACUGUUGAUCUGUUGGUCUUCUGAUCUAUGCAGUGGCUUUUGCUCAAUGUUUUGCUCCGUUUUGUUCAGGCCUGGAAAAAAGUUUCUAGUCCUGGAAUGAACUUAAAAGGAUUUUGUAACUGGAUGCUCUUAUUUCAUUGAAACAUUUAAAAUAAUCAUAGGUCUGACUAUUUUAUUGUAGUUGUUUUGUUUAAUAUUAUUGUUUUUUAUGUAACUCCGCACCACAGGCUUGCCCUCAAUGCGUUUCUUGAGAUGUAAAGGUUUCAAUCAAUGAGUAGUUCAGUUGGGUGUCAUAGUGGUGGGGCUAAACCUGCAGCCACACUGGCCUUUUUCAGAAAAGACUGGACAUCCCUGCUACAGAGGAAAUAAUGUAGAAUCCCUUAAUUUUGUAAGUUAAUGCCUAGCCAAGCAUCAAGGGAAAAUCUCUGGAAAGUUGAGUAAUACAAGUUCUGUUCAUCCUGUGAAUUCUUGGCCCGCAAAGCAUGUCCUCUUUUUGGUUUCCUUUCUGUCAUUUUUUUCCUCCAGUUUUCUGGUUGAUAGUGAAGCAUUUUAUUAUACAUACAUACGUGUGUCUGAGUUGAUUGUUAUUGUUUUCAAAUGUUGUUUAUGUUCUGUGAAAUGCAUUCUAUAAGAAUUAAUAAACUUGUUUUAUAACCAGUGGCAUUAAGGGUAA